CCUAUCUCUUCCCCCCCCCCCCACCCUGACCCCGUGCGGCGAAGAUUUGAUGAGAUCGCGCAAAUUUAGGUCGAUGAGAUGGAGCUGAUGGAAUAUCAAAGGGUUGAGGAGGAGGAGGAAGAACCGGGACCGAUCCAGCAGGAGGAAGAAAAUCAGGUGUUUAACGAUACCCAUGCCCGGCGGAUGCUUCUACUUGAUGGGAAGUUUGACAAGCUUCGCUCGCAAGGCCGGCUUCAAAUCGUCCCUGUGAUCAUCCGUCUCAGGGAGAUCAAGCUACAGAUCCUGCUGUGUAAACCUAAAGACAAUGAGCACCUCCCUACCAUUCCGUUUCUCAAGUUCACAACCCAUCCGUCCAUUCAGCAGGCGAUCGUGACUGCGGAAAAAUGGUUCGGCACCGACUGUGAUGUACUGCCAAUGAAGGGCGUGUCGGCAAUCCGACUGCUGUUGAAGGCCGAUUCGGAGGACAACCUGGGGGCCUACUGCUUUCUUCUUCGAGCUGAGUCCCGAAAGCCUGUGGUUCAAGUGGCGGACCCCCUGUUCUGCUGGAAUGACCUGGAGCCGUUAACAUUAGCAUUGCCAAAUCCAGAGGGGUUGCCCAACCCGGAAGAGACUGCAACCACUUAUAAGGAAACGGUCGAGAUCCUCGCUUUGCUCAAUAAACGGCUCCCUGAAAACACGCGGUUUACACAUCCCUCCUUUAUCACGGACCCGGAGACAUGGCUCAGAGGGCCGCACGAGCGCUACUGCAACAUAGCAAAGCAGCACUGGCUUUAUUGGACACAGCUUCGGCACCCGGACCAAUCGGCCCUCCAGUGGUUGACGGAUGGAACGGCGGCCUUGGCCAGAUUACUCAAGCAGGCGGUGCUCGCGUCUAAGCGGGCGAGGCGGCUGACAGCAGAAGCCUUCAUUACUAGGGCACUGGAACUCGGCGAUGACCCGCCAGCAGAAGAAGGGGAGGAGGAAUGGUGGAUGCAGUGGGCGGCGCUGCAGGUGGAAUGGGAGGAAUGGCAGAUCAAUGACGCGGAAUCGUGGGGUUUGAGGAACAAAGCGCGAUGGACAGUUGCGGUGGGGCGUAUGACGAAGACCUUUUUUCGACGACUCCACUCCAGUCGGCCGGCCUCCACUAUGAUGACACUCCAGGAUCCAUUUCAAGAGGAUGGGCCGCUUGCUGAUAAUACUCAGAGCAUCUUGCGGUUCGCCCAUGACUAUUACUCUUACCUGCUGACUGAAGAGCGAUCAUGGACACCGGACGAAAUUGCAACAGCCUCGGCCCCGACGAUCUGGCAUAAGACCACUGCAACGUUGACUGACUCAGACCAGCGGGACCUGGACGAACCGAUCACUGAGUAGGAGAUCGGCGACGCGGUGGCUGCUAUGCCUUCAGGGAAAGCUCCGGGACCAUCAAAGCCUGCCUCCACGCCCUUUUGCCGC